CGAGCUUGCAUGAGGUAUGAGCGAGUUCAGAAAAGCGAAAAGGUGCAGCACUUGCGCCGUCCGGAGAAUCGCGUGUGAUCAAAAAACGCCAUCGUGUUCGCAGUGCUUGUUGACAGGAAGAUCGUGUGGCGGCUACCAUCGUCAAACAAUUUUUGUGGAGGGAGAUGUUGGACUUCGGAAGUCUCGAAGAAAGGCGAAGGAUGUUCCGAGCUCUCCAAGCUCCCUAAAGGGGUCCGAAAAGAAACCCAGGGCCAGGCGUCGGCAAACAGCCGGACCCGCAAUCAAAUUCCAAGUCGCUCAGGCUGAUGAGGCAUUCUCAACGGAGCAAGACUACCUCAUCUCGGUCAUCAUCAACAAUUUCACCCCUGCUCAGGAAAGAUCAUUGGUCCGAACCGUGGACGGCACAGCUGCCUGUCUCGACUCUCGAGUGUGUGGCUCUUGGGUCACUCUACUUCCAGAGAUUACAGCACGGUCUUUGGUACAUCCAGAUGUUCUUCAAUUUGCGAUCAAAUCGCUGGGCUACUCAAUUCUGAGGAGAACCCUACAGGCACUUGAGGCCUAUGGCGAGACUCUUUGUUUAUUAAAAUCUAGCCUUGCUAUGGCUGGAGAAGUGUCAUUUGAAGAAAUAUUGGCUACAAUCCUGUGCUUGACUCUUGCUGAGGUCUUACUAGGCACCGAGCAUAAUGGAUGGUCAGCGCACACUCGAGGUGUAUGCAAAUUAGUUCAAGAGAAUGGCCCAGAUGCUUUCAAAUCAGGCGUUCUGCACCAGCUUUUUACGGGCUUCCGGAUCUUCAUGCUACUCGGGGCAAUUCAACAACGAAAAGAAAGCUUCUUAGACGAACCUGCGUGGAAAACAGAACCUUUUUCGUCCGAGCCAAAAUCUUUGAUGCAGAGUCUGCUAGACGAGAUUUCUGGUCUGCCAUCCCUUCUGCAGCGGCUAGACGCAAUCUCUAGCUCCAAUCGAGAGCAGCAGAAAGAGGAGAUUGUUGCUCUCUUCAAAGAUUUCGACACACAAAUGCUUCGCCUUGAGGACUGGGAAGCAAAUCUCAAAACUAGCACAGAUUGCAGGGUGUUGUGGUGGCCUGUGGCAUCAUCUCUGGACCCCGAAACUUCUUUUCCAAUCUCAUACGAGUUCGUGACCAUCCUAGUGGCCAACACGAUGUCUCAUUAUUGGAGCUUUCUCUUAGUUAUCCAGCUCUCAAUAUCGACUCUGCUAGCUCUUUCUAAGGAGAAUGGAGUUGAUGUGGCAUGCCUUUGGAAGCAGCGGGCUACGAUCUCACCAGAAAAUAGGGUAGCGCUCGCAAAAGACAUUUGCCAGAGCAUGCGAUACCAUCUCCAACCAGAAAUGGGGCUAUAUGGCCCAGCGGCAACACUUUAUCCUAUCAACGUGGCGUUGCAAAUCUUCAGGGAGGAAAAAAAGACGAAGGAGGUCGUGUGGUGUGAGAAUUUUAUUGCCAAACUAGAAACGAUGGGCAUACUACUCGCAUCGCAUAUACCUUCGGUUGAGACGGUUACUAGGAAAUCUACAUAAGAGCUGUCUACUUUUGAAUAGGCCAGGUUUUAAAGCCAAUUUGGGAUAAUGUAUAAUAUAAAUAAUCUUAUUCAGA